ACGAGGGUGGGAGGGGGUUAGGGUCGGCAACGCGCAUGUAACUUCUCUGGAGUUGCAGGCGUACAUAGGCUACGGAUACUGCUUACCAUCAGGCGGGCCGUAUGCUUGUUUGCCACCGACAUAGUAUUAAAAAAAAAAAAGUUGACGCCCCGCCCGCUUCGGCACAAUGUGUGUGGGGUUAUUUUGCAGAGCUAGUUCGACAUCUAUAUUUAUUAUCAAUCGCUGAACUUGUCCUACAUUUUAUACUACUAGAAAUUCUAUUUGGUCUAACUCUAGCAUAGUUCGAUCCGGUCAUGUAGAGUCUGUGCGCAAAGAGGAGAGUCGUGAAAUGUAUGGGGCCCAAUACAUUCCACGACUCUUCUCUUUCCGAACAGACUAGCACGCUUUGGCAAUUACGAUAUUUUCUGCAAUGGCAAUAUUAGCAGUGUCAAUGUCAUUGUCAAACAAGCAUAUGUUAAGUUUGUUUUUGAAGACGGAACGGUAUUGCUAAUGUUUACAAGCUGCCAUAGUUUAUUUAUAUAUAUAUUGAAAGUUCACUUUAGAUAUGAAUUUUAUUUCUCAAUAAAUAAUGGAAGGGGCCUACCAAGACAAAUAUUCGUUUGUCGGCGAAUGGUACGACAGCCAAGCCAGCGUAACACGACGAUAUAAUGUAUUUUAUUUUCCGUACGAUGAUACCGUAGAAAUGUUUGAUUUGAAAACUCGUAAAACCUUUGUCCGAAGGGUAAAAGUAAAUGGUAUUAGUUUGGAUAAGUUUUGUAUUGGUGGUACUCUGUUAAUUUUAGGACGCCUUAUUAAAAUAGUAGAUUUCGCUUGCGAGGAUACCAGAAAAAAAUUACAGAAAGAUAUGGAAGUGACAUUUGCUAUGAUCAAACCUAUACCAACUAACAUUGUUGGAAAAAUUGUCAAACUUUUGAAUGAUCAUGGACUACGCAUUUCCAAAAUGAAAAAAGCUCGCCUAACUGCAGAUGACAUAAAUUUAAUCUAUAGGCAUAUGCUUACUGAUCCUACAUAUGCAUUUACGAUGGAAUAUUUGCAAGGGCAACUAGUAAUAGGCUUGGAGUUAGUGGGGAACAAUGCAGUGGCAGCAUGUAUGGAAUGCCUGGGUGAUAGGGACCCUCUGAAGGCUGCUCCUGGUACUAUAAGAGCCCUCUAUGGAUCUGAUGCUGUGAGAAACUGUAUGCAUGCAUCACCAACUCCAGAUCAUGCUUUAGAGGACAUCGCAUAUUUCUUCAGCGGGCGCCUGCGGCUCACGGCUACGUUGUCUAACUGCACGCUGUGCGUGGUGAAGCCGCACGCCGUGCGCGAGGGCAAGCUCGGCGCCGCGCUCGAGGCUGUCGCCGACGCGGGCUUCGAGGUCUCCGCUCUCAACAUGAUCAUAGUUGAGACAGUUAACGCUGCAGAAUUCUAUGAGGUCUACAAGGGCAUUGUGCCUGAGUAUAAGGGCAUGGUGGAGGAGUUGUCGAGCGGGGCGUGCGUGGCCAUGGAGCUGCAAGCGAAGGACAAGUCCGUCAACACAGCAGUGGAAUUUCGGAAAUUGGUUGGCCCUGCCGAUCCGGAAAUCGCUCGGUUGCUCCGGCCGCACACCCUCCGCGCCAAGCUCGGCGUGACCAAGGUGCAGAACGCCGUGCACUGCAGCGACCUGCCCGAGGACGGCCUGCUCGAGGUCGAGUACUUCUUCAAGAUCCUGGACUUCUGAACAAAGUCUGCCUUCACAGAUUUUACACAAAUAAACAUGUUAAGUCAGAAUAUAAAACGCGCAAAGCUUAACGUAGAUGGCGCUGCAAUUGUUAAAAAUGAUAUGAUAUAGAUAUCGCGAAUCCAUAGAAACAUAUCAAACAUAAAUCAUGAAACUACAAAUUUUAGAUAUAUUUACUUGCAAACCCAUUACAAUUUCACUAGAAUAUUUUGUUUUCAAACUAAUAGACUAUCUUGCACAUUACCUAUAGAACUUUCUUUUAUAAAUAAUACCGCCGAUUCUCGAGCGUUUGUAUUUUGUAUAAUAUUGAUUGACUGCUGUUUCGUCGAUACGGAAUUGCCCUGCAGACGGAUUUGACAAAGGCACUAAAAGUAGAUUAAAAUAGAAAUAAAAUCGCUAUUGUUUGUAAAUUAGAGAAGGUGUAUUCUGAUACGUUCUAAAUGUCGAGUAAUUACAAAAAUGGACUUGAUGAAAUUAUGGCUGAUUAUCGGAAUUAGCCGACAUUUUAAAGUAGUCUGAAUAACCCUAAUACAUGUUAAAUUAAAAGUGUGUAGCGCCAUAUCACUGACUUUACAUGUCUAUUUAGUCAUCUGUGCAACCUCAUACAAUACGCUUAUUACAGUUUACUUAAACUUUCAUAAUGGCACGGAGUGAGUGAGCUGCUACGUUUUAGUGAGAUUUGAAUUGAUUUGAGUGUCGGUAUUGUACUGGAUUUCUAUUUGCACUGAAUGAACUGUUGGAAUAUACAUGGAAUUUACCA